UCUACUCACUCCCUCCUGGGCAAGUUGGUAUGAAUGCAGCACUUCAAUCAAAGAUUAACAUACAUCAUCAGACCAUGCCGAUCCAGAGUGGACGGUGUGUGUGUGCGUGCAUUUGUGGGUAGAGUAAGAGCUUAUUUCACACAGAACCAACCCACAAACCCUGCAUGCUUUCAGAAGGUCUGGGCACGGGGAGCAUCACCACUUCCCUCCCCUCCCACCACUGCUGGAUUCCAGGGUUCUCCAGUGUCACAGUAUUUUUGGGGGGGAUAUCUCAUUCCUUUCUUUUGAGUUUCUCUCGCUCUCUUUGGUCCCCCUUCUUGCCGUUGCUGUUUUUGGGACACUCCGAUUCUUCUCCCCCUCUCUCCAGUGAUGUCGUCUCUUCUGAGGGAGGAGAUGCAGAGAGUUUUGUUUCGACCUGCAAAAGAGAGACUGGUGGAGUUCAUUGAAAUUGAAGAGCCAUCGCACGGAAGACAUUUUUUCUGUGCCUCAGUUGCAAAAAACAAAGAAGUCCAGCUAUGUAUAGUGCACUGUCAGAUGUCUGUGCCCCUAAAGUCUACAUCCAAGAGAUCCUUCACCAAACGCUCCUGCAUACAAGAGUGCUACCGGAGGGCAGAGAUCUGGUCCCUGAAAGACCUUACCCUGAUUGAUGGAAGAAAUCCUGACGUGGAUGACCCUUGUUUCCUGCUGCACUUCGACGAGGUGCGUACAGUGACGGCCAUCAGCUGCUCAGCCAAAUAUGCUAUGGUGCGUGCCCUGGUUGCCCUCAGUGACCGGUACUGUCAAAGGUCACUGAACCUGAGGAACUUUGACUGGCCUUACAUCAAGCCCACCUCCUUCUACUCAAACAAAGGGGACUGCGCUGUUCUGUCACAGAUAUGCUUCUAUGCAAUCAAUUUGGUUUGUCUCUCCAUGUGUCAUGUGCCUCUGGAUGGAUAAUAAAAGUACGCAGUUGUUGUGAGAGUGCCAGUUAAGGUGGGUGUUUAUAUUACGAAGUUGUAGCAAAUACUGUACGUGUAUAUUGCUUAUAUCAGUUAGUGUGAAGCAAAUGUAGGCUCGU